AUGAGAACGACAAUUGCAUGCAGAAAGUCCAAAGUCAAAUGCAGACAUAAUGACCAGCCCCCUUGUGCAGGCUGCAUAAAGAGCGGUUGUACUGAGACUUGUGUCCUAAGUGGUCCAAUUCUGGGUCAGAGCUCAGGGCCGAAAAGGCCUGCUAAGAGACAGCGAUUGAGCGUUGAUCAGUCGCGAGCAGAUGUCUCGGGUGAUGUUUGGCAGGAUGUUAAUCACGUCUUUCAACUAACGCCCCGAGCGCAAGUUAUAUCUGCUAUCAACUUGUUCAGGGCUCAGUUUCCUGAGUUUGGAUUUCUACAUCCAGAUGAUCUUGAGUAUCGACAAGAUGAGCUCAGUGUAGUUCAAAAACUUCGACUUCUCGUCAUUGUUGCAGUGUCACAUCGAUACUCGGAAUCUUACAGCGCAGAUAUCAACAACAAGAAUAUCCUUUUUAUAGCCAGCGAGGUGCAGAAGAGAGUUACGAGCGGUCCAAGCCUCGCUCUCAUUCAGACUUUCCUCAUUUUGUCGCUCUGCAACUGGGGAGAUGGAGAUGGCUUUAAUGCUUGGAUGCAUUGCGGUAUUGCAACGAGGAUGGCGCAAGGGCUCCUCAGCACUGGUUUCGCAAGCUGUGGUAAAAGAGAGACGCUUUCGGAACUUGAGAAGAGGACAUUGUGGACGUGCUUCAAGAUGGACAGACUGCUAAGCUGCGGCAAAAGACGACAGGCUAUGUUCUCUGACGGAGACAUGCACUUCUCGUUACCCGUGAACGACACACAAUUUCUCUUUGGGCAGAGUCCUCAAGCAGCACCGAUAGAUGACAGUUUGAAAGUCUACGGGCCGGAUGAUCACCUUGUUCUUCUCAUUCAAGGUUUGCGUAUCUGGUCGAGAGUGCAUACGUGGAUUGCUGAGGGCGGGAGAAGACAGCCUGGAAUGACGGAACCAGAGCAGUGUCCGUUCAAUGAGACUUCGGACUGGAGUAAGAUGAAGCAGGACUUGAUCAAGUGGCGAGAGUCUCAGGAUGCUCUGAUGCAGUAUCCUGCUACCAAAGUAUCAGUGCAUGCUCAGCGAGGACAGGCUGAGAGGUUUGGGUACAUCAACUUGGUCUACUACGUCAGUUUGCUCUUCCUCUGUCGUGAAUUCAUCCCCUUCAGUCCAGUAGACGAAGUCAAACCUCGAGGUCCCAUCGAACCACCACUCCUCAAAGCCCGAGGCCCUGAUUCCUUCUGGCUCCAAAACGUCUUCGAUCUCUACGACGCAGCAUCCCAAAUAUCCUCUCUCCUCUCCGAUCUCGAACACGUCGGCUGUCCCCUCCGCACCCCCUUCUCCGGCCUAUGCGCCUUCUCCUCCACUCUCUGGAGUAUAUACGGCGCAGCAUUCCCAAACUUCAUGGGCUUCACGCCGAGUCAAACCUCUGACGCUGAUUCUCAAGCUGAAAGGACUAUGGCCGUGUUAGUAAGGAUAGGCAAGGUUUGGGGAUUGGCGGAGGAGUGGAUUGAUGUUCUGAAUACGGCGAAGAGUAUCAUGACCAGGGUUAGUGAGGGGCGGAGGGUUAAGAAGUCGAGGUAUGAUUAUCCCGAGUUGGAGGAUUCUAUUCAUCUUGCGCCGUUGCAGGGGAUGCCGAGGCAGACGUUUGAUAGGCCUGCGGGGUUGGUGUCGGCGGAUGAUGGGUCUAAGUUGCAUCAGCUGGUGGCGGGCGAUGCUGAGCAGGAGAUUGAGGCGGAGGGACUUGGGUUUCUGGAGGAAACAAGUGGAAAUGAGUUUGUGGGUGAGGAUUGGUGGAGGUUGUUGUCGUUUUGCGAUGAUCCGCAUCUUUUGUCGACGAGUAUGGAUAAUAUGGGAGAUGAGAAUGUAGCGUAG